AUGCUCAAAAGUGGCAAGUCGAUUCUGAGGGAGGGACUUAAUGUUCAUAGUUAUACUAAAGUCAAAGGAAUUCCUCUAGAAACAAUACGACUAUUAGCUUCAAUUGUAUUGAAAGAGAACGUGUUCGUCUAUGGUAAAAAGAUUUAUCAACAAGUUCUUGGUGAUGCAAUGGGUUCAUCAUUUACAUUGACAUUAGCAAACAUAUUCAUGUGGAAAUGGCAAAAAGAACUUGUCCGUCGACAGGAUAUGACAGGUGAAUAUUAUGGACGGUAUAUUGAUGAUGGUUUUAUGACAUGGAAUAAAUCGGAAAAUAAAUUGAAGAAAAUAAUAGAAAAUGCAAAUACUUGGCAUCCAAAUAUUAAAUUAGAAUAUAAAAUCGGCAAAAGUCUUCCAUUUCUUGAUAUUCUACUUACAAAUAUCAAUGACACUCUAUCAACAUCUGUGUAUCAUAAACCAGCAGCAGAACCCUAUGUUGUACCUUUUAUUUCUGAUCAUCCUCGACACGUAUUCGAAAACAUUGUACAAACAAGUCUUCGACGUGCAAUCAAAUAUUCAUUUACUAUUCUCAUCGAUUUUUUUCUAUAG